GCUGGGGAUCGUGGAGCCGCGCAAAGCGCACACAACGAGAGACAGAAAGGGGGAGAGAGAGAGAGCAACAGAAGAUGGACGGAGUGGGAUCGUUCGGAGCGGGCCGAACCGGGACCGCUGUGGACCCGAUCACGUUCGCCAAACAGCCGCAGACCAUCCUGAGAGUGCUCUCCUGGAUAUUUUCCUUGGUGGUCUUUGCCUCCAUAGUGAAUGAAGGUUAUGUUAACCUGGGCAGUGAGCGCCUCCACUGUGUCUUCAACAAGAAUGCUGACGCCUGUAACUAUGGCAUUUUUGUAGGCCUUGUGGGCCUGCUGGCAUGUUCCUUCUUCUUCCUCCUCGACUACAAGUUCUCCUCCAUCAGCUCCGUCAAAGACAGAAAGAAGGCUGUGAUGCUGGAGAUUGGCUUCUCAGGUUUUUGGACCUUUCUGUACUUUGUAAGUUUCUGCUUCCUGGUCAAUCAGUGGUCUCGGACCAAAACUGAUGAUCUACCUCUUAACCAGGGGGCAGAUGCAGCACGGGCAGCCAUCGCCUUCUCCUUCUUCUCAAUAAUCACAUGGGCUGGCCUAACAGUGCGUGCGGUCCAGAAGUAUCUUCUGGGUACAGACAUGACCCUGUUCACCACUGAGCACAUGGACGGUGGUGCACCCACCCAGCCGUAUCCGUCCAAUUCACCAGUAGGCGGCCCGGCUGAUACCACAGAAGCCUACCAGAGCCCACCGUUCACCGAGAACAACACAGCCCCCACAUACCAGGUUCCCAUUUACUAGGACAGACAGAUGUGAGGGUGGAAGAGAUGCAGAUGAGAGAAAAUUGUUUUCUGUGGUUUCGGUUUCAAGUGAAGUUGUUUAUGAGUUGAUCUGGAGCACACUUUUCAAUAGCUGUAAUAAGAAAAAAAAAAAUGUAUGGCCUCUGCUUCUUUUUUACCUCCUCUUGUUUCCUGCCCCUCCUAACAUUCCAGCUAUAUCUGCCUACUUUCUAGACCUGCAGAAAGGAUUUUCCUCUUGCAUCAGCGCAGAUGAAUCAAAAUCAAAACUAGAGGAGGAAAAAUGGAAGUGGGAGGUGACUUUGAAGUGUUCAAACACCAUUUUGUCAUAGAAGACAGGGAUGUAGUGCUGGACAAGUUACACCACAAUGUUGCUGUUUUAUAUUACAGUAAGCAGUGCAGGAGGCGUUCUCUUACAGCACUUUGAUCUUAUUCUUUUCAUUCAUUCAGGUGUCCUCUUUCCUUGUCAAACACUGGGAAUGCUCUUUUCUUUUUUUUAGCCGCAAUGAUAACUCCUCCUGUGUUCCUAGCUGGUGAUCAUCUGCUUUGAAUCUAUGUUCCCAGACGUAGAGAUCAACUAAGUGCCAUAUUGCAUUGCAUUUCAAAAGGUGACUUAGUUUUGUUGGUUUUCCACAUACUGUAUACAAAAAAGACAAUGUUUUGUGGCCGAGUGCAAUAUCUCACAUUCUCAUGUACUGUAGGUAGCUACACACCGUACUGUACUGGAGGUCUGGAGGUCAUUGUCGGAGCAGGUCAACUGUAGGCUCUGUCUCAAAUGACAUAUUUCUUAAAUUCAGGCAAAAUUGUUCCCCUGCAAAGUUUCCAACACAGAGAAGUUACCCAUUACAGAUGGGCAGCUCACAUUCAAAUACGAUGCAAAUCGGAUACAGAAUUAUUAAAACUGAAAUGAUUGUGUCUAGCGUUUAGGCUUUUCUAGGAGUCCUCAGAAAUGGAAACAGAAUGACAAUGGAGAAUAUCCCUUUUCUGCUUUAUCAUCCUAGAUGAAUUGUGAGACUUUAUUGAGUCGUGUAUGCAGUUUAGUUUGCAAUUGCAAAUCAGUUCAUGAAUGCAAACUUACUUUUCAGAAGAGCCGAGCCAAGGCUGAAUCAGGGCCUGGGCAGAAUUUCAUUUGGGGGACCCCUGAGUAUUUUUUUUUCACUUUUACAUUCUGCCCUUAUUGUACAGAUAAGUAGUGAACCAAUGAUAAAUUUAAUUGACUUUGUGACAUAUUAUGCUUUUCUUCACCAUUGACCAUCACAAGAGUCACUACAAAUUAUUUGUUACAGAUUAUUCUAAUAAAGUUCUCAUUUUGAUCAUUUUCAGCAAUUUAAAGCUGAUUUUCUGCUGUUGAAGCAGUUUUGACUCUUUACUCUAUAAAUACUACAGUGAGGUAAAACAGAGAAGAUCUGAAAGGAGAUAAUUAUAAACAUAUGAAAUUUCUAAUGGUAUGCAAGAAUGUACGCACCCUUGUACAAAUGCCGGAUUUUUCUAAUGUAAAUAUCCUCAUCAUAAUAUCACAUAUCAUCUAUAAUUCAAGUAAAAAACACACACACACAUAUAUUGUAUGUUGGAAGAACAAAAAACAAAAAG